AUGGAGGAGGGACCGCCACCACCCGAAAAUCUGGCGAGAGAUCACACAGGCGUACCGCCCAAGCGCCUGAGAAAAUUCGUCUACGAGAACGGACGGGAAUAUGGAAACGACAGUUACUACAUGCCGUGCGACCAGGCAGAGAAUGAUCGCCUGGCCAUCCACCACCGCAUAUACACCCAUGCCCUAAAAGGCAAACUCACUACAACACCCGUAACAUCAGACACAAGAAGAAUAUUAGACCUGGGAACAGGACCGGGGCACUGGGCUGUCGCCAUGGCGCGGCAGUAUCCUCAUACCGAGAUCGUCGGCAUCGACAUGGCGGUCUGGGACAUCGAAACCACAGAAGAGUCGGUAGGAUGUACCGGCGUAAACUGGGAAAUCGACGACUUGGACGUCUGGGGCGUGGAAGACGACUUCGACGACCUCAAACGGCGACUAGAGCGCUACGACAUGGCGCACGACUAUGCCAACCGCGAGCCCCUCUCUGCGAGCAAGGCCGCCAAACUCAAAGGCCACACCUCCGCCAGCGACUCCUCCCAGCCUCAUACACCUUCAGACUCAGCCUACGAAUCAUACGCGUUAGAGCCCGAAGCACAGCCCGGCUGGCACUUCAGCGAGCCCUUCGACCUUAUCUAUAUGCGCGGCAUGAAGGGCGUGUUCGCCUACUGGGAAGGUGUCUACGACGAGAUCUACAAAAACCUUAAUCCAGGUGGCUGGUUGGAGGUCGUGGAUUUCGACAUGAGUCUACCCAACAUCGAGCAAGGCGUAGACAACUUCCCCUUCCCGACCCUCGCGAAAUUGUACCUCGGCGUCAUGCAAGCAGCUUUCAAAUCCGGGCGGCCUGUAGGCACCUUCUACAUGCAUCCCACCUACCUCGACGACGCGGGCUUCACGAACAUCAAACAGACGUACGUCAACGUGCCUAUAGGCCAGUGGCCCGAGGACGAGGAGCAGCGCACCAUCGGGAAGAUGCAUUUAGUCUGCAUCAUGGAGAUGCUGGAAUCCAUGCUCCUCCGGUAUUUGACUCAGUGGGGCGAUGCGAGCAAGGACCACUGGACGAUGGAGGAGGUGCAGAGCAUGAUUGAGGUGGGCAAGGGCGAGAUUAUGGAUUGGGCGAGUGGGACAGACAGGUUCGGAAAUAUUAGGGAGGGGUGGUGCGCGAGUUACAAGUGGAUUAUUGGGCGAAAACCGCUGGAUGCGAGGGAUAGGAGGGAGAUGUAA